AUGAAGCAAGGCUUUCUGCGUAAAAAUCCUUCAAGAGAGGAUCUAUGCAAAACUCAGAGAGUUAAAACCAGCAAGCAAAUCACUCUGAAUGGUUCGAGUCUGUUGAAUCAAAACUCCCAAUCUUCCUUCAACGACACCUCGAAGAGUUUCGCUUCGCGCAAUAGCAAGAGGGGACUCUACACCGAGAGGAGUGCUGCUGCUUAAUAGUCGCAAACAAUGAAGAGUCCCAAAGUGAGUUCGCAGUAUUCUCAGUCAUUUGUGCAAAGCUAGCAUAAUGAUACUAAAAAUUCAUCAGCUAUUAAUGUCACUCCCAAGAGAACCACUCAGUAUAUACAACUAACUAUCAACCCAAGAUAGCAACCAUCUAUCAAUGAAGCAUCUAAGAACUACCAAUAUAAUAACAAUAGCAGUAAUUGCGUUAAUACACUUGGACUAAGAAGUAGUGCUUGUCCAGGCACUAUUUCUGUAAAUAGAAGGUAUAUUGAAACAACUAGUAGUUAGCAGUCCAAUUCUAAGAUUGAGAGUUCAGGCAAGAAUACUGAACUCAUCACUAGUCUCGAGAUUACUCCCAGAGAUUAAUAUAAAUAGAAAACAGGCCGUCACAAUAAUCUUAAAGUUAAAUAGGGAGAUGAUGAUUAUGACGAGUGUAAUACUAGAUCAGCAAAAGAUGAUAUUCUUCGAUUACAUGACUUGGCGAUUCCUGAGUCAAGCAGCUACAACACUCUAGAAAGCAAAAAGGACAAGCAGGUUUUCAGUUUUUCUAAGACCCCUAAAUUCGGAAGUGUUGCCCCAGGAGUCAAAUAGAAUGCCUUCCAAAAGAUAUGCGAUUAAUACGAGAGUUUGAGAAAUUAGUUUUCUAGUGUAUCUUCCAAUGAAAUCAACGAUGAGCUCCAAAAUGAGUGCACUUCGAAUGAUGAAAGAGUGCCAAUAGGAAGACAGGGCGGAGAGAUACACAAUCAGAUGCAUAUGCUUUACAACAUGUACAUGGACCAGUAAAGCCAGUGCUUGAGUUAUAGUAAUAAUCAAGACACUAAAAACUAUAAUCAAAUCUUUUCAGUUCGUUCAAAUGACUCACUGAACAGGGAAAGCAUAACUUUCAGUUUAACUCAAUCAUAAGCAGCAAGUAAUAAACUAUCUAUUAACACUUUUCACCCAAAUGAAUCACCAAGAGAUACGAUAACAGCAACGUAUAACACAAGUGAUUUUAAUCAUUGCAAUAAAAGAUCAAAGACGCCAACUGUACAAUCAUCAACUGCAAACUUCAUCUACUCCUUUGACAAAGAAAAAAGUCACUUUGAAAAAGAAAAGCAGUCUGUAGUGAGGCCUACUGCAACUAUCAAAAACCCUUUCACAACAUUCGAUUACAGUCAGCUAAAUGUUAAAUAAAGUCAAUCAAAACUUAGAAAUAAUUUUAAUUCACAAGGAGUCAUGAACAGAUGCGAGACCGAGGCAGGAAAGUUAAAAAAGCAAGCCUUUCAAGAUUAGGAAAUUAAAGUAUUUUAGAACUUUUUCUCGCAUGAUAAUGACACUAAAUUAAUCAAUCUAGAGCAGGACGAUAGUAGCUAAAGUGCUGUGAACUAUGAAGUGCUAUUUAAAGAAGAAUAUCAAAAGCAUGAAUCUACAAAGAGAGCUUUGAAUAAGGCUAUUUAGCUGGCUAAUCUACUGAUAGAUGAAAUUCAAGGUCAGAAUUCCAAAAUGUGUUUCAAAUCCAAAAAAUAGCAAGAGAAUAAGGAACACCAAGAAAACUAAAGCUUGAUAUUCAAUUCAAACACUAGUUUCACUUAAUCAAGAUUCCAUACUCCUGAGCCAAACACGAUCUAUAAUAAGUUCAAUGCAAGACCAGACUUGAAGUCUACCGUCAUAUCUUAAAACAUAAGAGAUUAUGAUGAAAUCGAAUAAAAUGAGACAUUAAGGAGAAAAAGAGAGCUGAGCAGGAAGAAAAGUCUAAAGGCUUCAACUAAAGAGCUUCAGGAUUUAACUAAUUUGAUAAGAAAAACUAAAAAUUCUCCUCAUAUCAUCAAUGCUAAGUCAGGUGGUGGGUAAAUAUCAAGAUUCACUUCCACACCUAUUACUGGCCUGGGCUAUAGUAAAACUAACAAUAAUAUAAGCAGCCUGAUGCAAAGCGGGGACAACUUUUCUAUGAUUAAUAGCAGAUAUAUGGAUUAGACAACCAUAUCAACUAAUCUUAAAGAGCUUAUGAGUAAAAUCUCCAAUCUUAAAACUUGCGGGGCAGAUAGAUAAGAUCUCAGCAAUAAAGAUGGAGGUCAUUAAAUGAUGAUGGAGGACGAUAGCUUCGGAAGUUAAAGUCAAAAGAAUAACAUCAAAUUAAUGAGUAUUAAAAAGAUUUCAAGGAGCCUUUUCAAAGAUAUUCACGAGUAUUAAUGA